CUGACAGACUCCAGUGUUCAAUACUUGGCUGGUGUUUGUCAUUAUAUUGAAAGUCUCAACCUCUCUGAGUGCGGUUUAUUAACGUAAGUAAUAACGAAUUUAACUUGAUCUAUUUUUGGGCAAUUUUAUACUGUGAUCACUGUGGGCUGAACUCACGUUUCGAGUAGCAUUGUCAGGGGCGUAGGAACCGGGGGGGGGGGGCAGUCCCCCCAAGUUUUGCCAAGUGCCCUUUUUCCGGAAGCAAAGUGCCCUUUUCUUGCGUGAAAAAUGUCAUUAAGAUUGCAUUUUUUGCCCAAAGGGCACUUUUGAAAACUUGAAUGUGUGUUAUUUGUGUAAAAUAUUUUUCAUUUCCGGGAAAAAUAUCAUAUCCGGAAAAUUUUUUAGGUAUAUCCGGAAAUUUUUUUUUCAUAUUUAGGAAAAAAUGUUGUAUAUCCGGAAAAUUUUUUUGGUAUGUCCGGAAAAAUUGUUUAGAUGCCCUUUUUUAUUCGAAAAGUGCCCCUCAAGGCCUGGCUCCCCCCAACUUUUAGAAGCUUCCUACGCCCCUGAGCAUUGUCUUUAACUAACAUGAGAAACAACUGCUUUACAUGGUAGUUUUACAAAGUCGCCAUGUUAUUUGUUUUAGGGAUCGAUCUUUGAGAUUUGUGAGAAAAGGCUUGAAGCUUUUGAAGGAUUUAAAUGUUCUUUACUGUUCCAAUAUCACCAAGUAAGUAAGAGUGAUGAUGAUGAUGAUGAUGAUAGUAAUGAUGAUGGUGGUAAUUAUGAUGAUGUUGAUGAUUAUGGUGAUCAUGAUGAUGAUUGUGAUGAUGACAAUGAUGAUGGUAAUGAUGAUGGUGGUGAUAGUGAUAAUGAUUGUGAUCGUGAUCAUAAUGGUAAUGAUGAUGGUAGUGGUGGUGGUAAUGGCGAUGAUUGUGAUCGUGAUCAUAAUGAUGAUGGUAAUGAUGAUGGUGGUGGUGGUAAUGGCGAUUAUGGUGAUUGUGAUCGUGAUCAUAAUGAUGAUGAUAAUGAUGAUGGUGAUGAUGAUGAUGGUGGUGGUAAUGGCGAUUAUGGUGAUUGUGAUCGUGAUCAUAAUGAUGAUGAUAAUGAUGAUGGUGAUGAUGGUGAUGAUGAUGAUGGUGGUGGUGGUAAUGGCGGUGAUGGUGAUUGUGACCGUGAUCAUAAUGGUGAUGAUAAUGGUGAUGAUAAUGGUGGUGGUGGUAAUGGCGAUGAUGGUGAUUGUGAUUGUGAUCGUGAUCAUAUUGAUGAUGGUAAUGAUGAUGGUGGUGGUAAUGGUGAUAUUAACCAUUGAUCUGUAUUUUAUUAACAGAGCGUCAGUGAAGAAACUGUUGACAAGAUGUCAGCAUAUACUGCACAGUACUGACCAGCCACCUUUGUUGGUUAGUUCAAUAAUUGAUCCCAAAGUAAAUUUUUACAAUCCUGGUUCAGUUCUGGCUACUUGA